AUGUUUGGUAAUAGGUGCGACGAGCCAUUCAAUGCAGAUGGCAUGACCGCUAACGAGAAAAAGGAAGCACCGACUGGUGGAGCAUGCAUGAAAACAAAAACGAAAUUAAAAAAUAAUGCAGCUUUAAAAGAUAUUACAAUUUUAGAAGAUAUUACUACAGUUGUUCAUCGUAAUGUGACUUUAUCAGCUUCCUCGUGUCCUGGUGGUCAAGAUGGUUGUAAGGAAGUAAGUAAAGAUGGCGAUACCGCUACUAUAUGCUGUUGUACAUCUGAUCUUUGCAAUGGUGUAUCAAUAGUACAACAAAAACCACUUAUUGUCUUCCUUACCAUGAGCACAUUAGCUAUGUUCGCAUAUCAAUGGUAUUAG